UCAUAUAUUUGAACAUGGCUAUCAUAUCACCCCUUAACCUUCUCUUCUCCAGGCUAAACAUACCCAGCUCCCUAAGCCGUUCCUCAUAAGGCAUCGUUUCGAGGCCUUUGACCAUUUUGGUUGCCCUCCUCUGGACACAUUCCAGCUUGUCAGUAUCCUUCUUGAACUGUGGUGCCCAGAACUGGACAUAAUAUCCAGCUUUGAUACAGUCUACUUGAAAAAUUGCCGAAUCCCCCUCCAUCCCCAGCCAAGGCAGAGUUUCAUAGCCCUCUUCCUGCAUGCCUACCCACUGCCUCAUUCAUUACAGCCCUUUUUAAAAACUCCCUAGGUAAUUGCUGUGAACCACCAAGGAAAUACCGACACCAGCACCCACCAGGCGGUGAAGGUUAACCAGCAAGAUCAAACGGCCACGAUCCACAACUAUCAUGGGUGGAAUGGAUGGGAUGCAGUCUGGGAUUACCAAAAGGGCCUUUUCGCUGUAAGGCUGUUUCGGAAGAGGGUCUGUGUGGUAGCAGCAAUGGAUUUUGAGUUAUUCCCAAGCCUGGAGACACUCCACAGUUUCAGAGGGCAGAAGCUGUCAAAGAGCACCCUUCCGGCGAGUGACUUAACAUUCUUGGUUGGCAAGACCCGUGUGCAGAACACUGUUCAGUUUCGAAGUCCCAUUGAGCAGCUCUGCAGUGGAAUUCCUGUGUACUACGCCUCCAAAGAGCAAGGCACAAACCUCCCCUUGCAGAGUCGAGGGUGUGAGAAUGUUGGGAUCCUACAUGGCUUAUUCAACAUCUAUCUCUGCGGCAACAUUCCUGGUUGCUAAAAUCCUGGCCAGGAGUCCACAGAGUGAUUCUUUGCCUUCCUUGUUCUCCUCACAACAACCUUUUCGCUGUCCAGGUUUUCCUCUCCAGCUCAGUUUUCCUUGUUCAAAGUUCAAUCCAA